AUGCCUCCUAAAAAACGGCAUGCCAACUCACCGGAGCCGGCGAGUGACGAAUCCAUUUCAGGUUUUCAAUUCUACGUGUACUUUUUUUCAACUACAAUAAUUCAGAACCAGAAGAAGAGAAAAGACCGAAAAAGAAGACCUCCAGGAUUAAACCAAAAAAGGAUAAAAAAGAAAUUGAAGAGGUGCUGGAAGGGAAAAAAAUUUCAAAAAGGAAUAAAUUCAGAAUCAACCUGCCGAUACGGGACCAGCUCAUCACGAAGACUUUGAUGAAAACGAAGAUCUUUUGGGAUUGGUUUAGAAGAUAAAGAUUGAAUAGAAUAAAUUUGUCUUUUAGCCGAUUCCGCCGAGGCCAGACCUCUCCUUCGGGCCAGGAAAAGGCCGACUAGUUAUUGUCAAAAUGAAUGUCUUCAACUUCAAAAGUUACUACGGUCGAACCUGCAUUGGGCCUUUUCAUAAGGUCUAUCAAAUAAUAUUUUGAGAAAUGGCUCGAAUUUUCAGUGUUUCACUUCGGUUAUCGGGCCAAACGGAUCCGGAAAGUCCAACGUCAUCGACGCCCUUCUUUUCGUUUUCGGCUUCCGGGUUGGUUUGAAGUUGUAUGAAAUCUUAAAGGAUUUUAAAUUCCAGUCGUCGAAAAUCCGAUCUAAGAAAAUUUCUUCCUUGAUUCACAAGUCGUCAAACCACUUAUGUGAUCAUUGCUCGGUGGAGAUUGUUUUCGAACGGAUUAUUGAGAAUGAUGAGGUUCGGGUUUUUUUUAAAGGUUUUUCCAAAGAAAUUCGACGUCCCGCCCAUUUUAUCCGUAAAUUUUCCUGUGUCGUGUGCAUGCACUGCGCCGCUUUUGCACAGAAAAAUUGCGUUUAUGUAGUGAAAAUUCGAUUUAUCUCAUAGAAUUCUAGAAAUACGGUAGCUUGCGCCUCUAAUAUGCCCUGUUAUUUUAAGGAGCCGAAAUCUGCCGUUUCCAUGACGUCACUUUUUUUUCUUGAGUAGUUGAGAGAAAUUUUUUGUUUUGAACGGUUUUCUUCUUCGACAGUUUGUUUUUUAAUUUUCAGAGAUCACGUUUUCACCUUUUAUAGUCGGAAUAUUCUUUCAAAUAGUUUAUUCGUCUUGAAAAUCGGUAAAUCGUAGGAAAAAAAAAAUCAUUUUUUGGCUGCAGGAGUUUUACAAGACCUGUAGUGACGCUCUUCCUCUCAAGACCUUUUUUGAAGCCUCUUCAUGCUCCCUUAAAAAUCAAACCAAAGAGAGAUCUCUUUUUCAGAACUCUGAAGACUUUGAGAUCAUUCAAAACUCUCGAUUGGCCGUUUCCAGAACCGCCUAUAGUGAUAAUACGAGCAAAUAUGCAAUCAAUGGAAAGGUAUUUAAUUGAAUCAAAAAAUGGAUUCGGAAGUUUCUUCAGACGAAAAGCUUCAAGGAAGUCGAAGAGACCCUCCGAUAUGCUGGUAUCGAUCUCGUUCACAAUCGAUUCCUCAUUUUGCAGGUAGAAAACGGGGUCGCACUUGGAAUGGCUUAAAGGGUUGCGGGCACGUUGAAUCCGCGCCGGACUUUCGGCGACUUUCUUUUCUUGCAUUGAUCUAAAUAUCGCAUUUCGAAGCAACCGUGACACGUUGAGCCAUUCUAAGUGCGGCUGCGGAUCUCUUAACGGUUUCGAACGGAGAAUAUUCAAUUUGUUCCCAGGGAGAAGUGGAGGCGAUCUCAAUGAUGAAGCCGAUCGGCCUGAAUCCCAACGAGGAAGGAAUGUUGGAAUAUUUGGACGACAUCAUCGGAACUUGCCGUUUUAUGGUUAGUCUUCCGAAAACAUCGUUUGGAACAUUUACCGUCGAAAAAAUCAAGAAUUUCAAAAUUAUCUUGUACUUCUUAUCUGUAUAGGUUUUUUUAAUUUCUGAUUUUCGUUGUUUUUCAGCCUAGUAAAAACGAAAUUUUCUUCAUUUCAUUUUUUUGAAAAAAAUCUUUAAUCUUAGUUGAAGGCUCGUUAAGAAAAAUAUGAGCUUUUAGUUUUCACAAGCUUUUUUUUUGAUGUCCCGAAAGACAGGACCCUAUUUUUUGGGACCACUUUACGAACCCCUAUAGGGACCACUAAAGCUUGCAAAAGUGGUCCCUUCAGGAGACAUGCUAUCCGAUAAUCCUUAUGAACUCCAUGCGAAAAAUUAAAUAAAUGAGCGUUUUUUUAUGAAGUUGAAAACCCCUAUAGGGAUCACUUUUUCGGCCCCCAUAGGGGCUGUUUUCCCCGCUAACCUCUAUAGAAACCACUCUGGAAUCCCCAAGUCUAGGACAGCCAAGUAGAAUUGUUCUUCCAGCAAAUCAUCAAGAAGUUUGAUUGCCGCCUGGAGAAGCUCCAAGCGACUCUCUCCAUCCAUAAAAUCCGGUAUUUUUCCCGAUUUUGAUGAGAAAUAACAUGUCUUCUCGUCCAGAAAGGACAUGGCUCGGUCCGACAAAGAAGAAUUGGAACCCGUGGUCAAGGAGACUUUGCGAUUUUUGAGACGCGAAAACGAGGCGACCAGCAUUCGCAGCAAAUUAUUGCAGAUCGAAAAGUUUAAAAAAGUUGGAAAGUUGAAAAAAAUAAUGCUUUUCCUCAGAAUAACUCAUUUGGAUCAUGUUCAACCGACCCAGGCGGAGUUCGACGCCAAGCAAAGCGAAUUCGAAGCGGCCAGAAAGCGAAAGAAAGAAAUUGUCGCCGAAUUGAAGGGAUUCGAUGAGGCGGAUCAGCAGUUGGCAACGUAGGAUUUUUGAAGGCUUUUCGGGGAAAUUUGCUCUUUCCAAUGUAAAACACGUCAUUGGGAAAGCACUGGAGAAAAGAUUUUGGAAGAUCCAAAAGAGAAUCUGUGAAUAUUUUGAGCUGUAAAUAAAUCGAGACCUUGGAAAAUAUCAGAAAAAUUUUUUUGAAAAAGAGUGAUAUUCUUCAAAUCGCGCUUGAAACAUUUUCUUUUUUCUAAACCGUGGAAUUUGAAAAAAAAUGAAAGCUUCGUUUUUCGAUUUGAAAGGAAUGGGUAGGAUUAGAAAAAUUUUUAAUUCACAAGCAGUUUUUUUCCAUAGAAAACAUAAUUUUAGUUAAUCCGAAGAUCACUGAUUAAAAAAACUAGGCUUCUCUUUUUUUGAAACUUGGAAAGAAGCUUGUUCAUUUUUUUUUUUUCUCAACUCAGACAGGUAAAUGGAGCGAUCAGUUGAAAAAAAAAAAAUGAGAAUUUGAGCCUUUUUAUCUUGGUUUAUUUGUAGUUUUUUUUUGACUUUUUUUCAGCUGUGAAAGACUACUUCAUGACAUAAAAUGAUAUGUGACAAUUACCAAAAAAGAAAUUUAAGUGAAAGAACAACGGCCUUGGAUGAGAUUGACUCGACUAAAAAACAGAUCGAAGACGCGGAAACUUCCCAAAAACGCCGAAAAAACAACAUCAAACGUGUGAAACAGGAUCUGAGCAAACUGAACACGCGUUUGGACGAGGAAAAGAAGAAGGUUUGACCGGAAAAAUAUUUUCGAUUUGAAACAAAAUGAAUGACUUUAAGCGUUGCGUUUUCGCGGUUAAAAUGGAUCUCAUAUAUCAAGAAUUGUUUUAAAACUAUGCGCUGUAGGAUGUCACUGCCCGCAAGUAGUUUUUUUGUCGGGCGCGCUCAAAUUUUUUUUCUUAUUUUUGAGAUAAAAAAAUUGAAUUGUUCCAGAGAGAGGAAAAAAUGGCAGUCCCAGAGAAGUCGGCGAAAAAAAUCGAGGCUCUGAAAGCAGAGUCCGAAGAACUAAAAAGAAAAAGGAGGAAAAAUGCUAAGCAAAAGGUAAUUUUUCGAGCAGAAACGAUGUUUUCAACAGAAAAAGCUGGAAAUUUAAAAUUUUAGUGGUUUUCUCUUAUAUCGCCGGCCGACAAAACUGCAAGUUUUCUAUGUCUUUUUUUUUUAAUGAUUAUACUAAGGAGCGUUUUUUACACCCAGGUUAAACUUUUGAUGAAGCUUGGCUUUAAUGCUCUUUAGGAGAUUUUUAGGAGAUCGGAGAACAAGAAAAAAAAAUGUCUUGCAACAGACUUUUUUUUCGAGUUAUGAAGUCUCAAAGUCUGCAAAAUACACAAAUUAUGACAAAAAAAUCGCUAUUUUAGACUCUUGAAGCUUCAUAAUUCGAAUAAAGAUCUAUAGAACUUUUCUGUUGUUCUAAAAUCAGGAGGUCCUAAAGCACACCUCAGCAAAGUUUCAUCAAAAGUUCAAUCGGAAGUUAAAAAACAUUCCCUAGAUAGCUACUUCUUCCCUAUCGCCCAUGAUUUUUAAGUUCUUGUGAAAGUCCAAAACAUUUAUUUUAUUCUUUUUUUAAAUGUUUUUGUUCAGAUGGACGAAGCGUUGCCUGUUUUUGAGAAUCAAUCCGAACUCGCGCAAAAAGAAAAGAAAGAAAUCGAGGAGGAGUUCGGGAAAAGGAACACGGUUUUCAAUGAAAUCAAGUCGAAGGUAAUCAUUUUCUGACCUUUUUUUCAAGUUUUCAAAAAGUCUUCUUUUCGUGUAUUUUUCAUUCCAAUGUUUGGUUUGAUUUUUUAUCAAUUUUUCUCCAAAAAAAUUUUUUUUGAAUGAGAUUUAAUCACAGCAAGAAAAGAAAAAAAGCCGCUUCGAAAUGUUUCCUGAAAUUUUUUUGCAUAUUAAAACUCUAAUUCUCUCAUCAAAAAGGGUAGGAAGCUUUUUAGAAGAAAAAAAAAAAUUAUAUAGGAGUUUAUUUUUAGGGUUGAUGUAAUUUGAACAAAUUCCAAUGAUUUUAAAGCUACUUUCCGUGAUUAAGACCUCAUAAAUAACCCGGUAUGAUACGAAAUAUUUCCCUUUGAAUUAAAAUUUACCUGCUAAAAAUCAAUUUUUUUUCAGACCACAAUCGCCGAAGCUGAACUCUCGGACUUGAGAAAAAUUGCCAGUAAGGACAAAAAUCGUCUGAUUGAGUUCAAAAAUGCGCUCGCUGACACGGAACAACGAUUGGAGAAGGAGAAAAAGUUGACCGGACAAAAAAAGAAAGCGAUUUUGAUGAUGAAAUUCCCAGGGAGCUGGUGGAGAUCAACGAGAAGCUGCCCGAAGACGAAAAGUCUCUGAAAGAAACCCAAAAAGCCGUCGAAAACGCCCAACCACAGAAGCAGAAGCUGGCCAACGAGGUGGGGAAGUUGGAAAAUUGGCCGUGGUUGAAAUGGGAAAUUAGCUUCCAAGAAAUGAAAAAAGCCUGAAAAAGGGAUAUUCUAGUGGAAAGGAUCCAGAAAAAAAAGUUUGUUUAAAAUAAUUUCGGAAAAUAGGCUAAAUUCGAAUCACGAGAGCCCUUGGGAAAAAGCGGGUCUUACAACGAUACAUUGCAAUAAACAAUACCGUCAGAAAAGGUACGAAAAAACGCGACUUGGUUCACAAGAAAUUCAAAAUUCCGGAUAGUUUCCAAAGCUGCGUUUUUUUUUUCCUGUGAACUGAAACUUCAAAGUGUUGCAAAUAACGGUCAUCACAACUCCAGAAAGUUUCAGGAAGAUUGAAUAUAAUAAAAGAUAGUUAUUUAUCGAAAUCUCGUUUUUCGUAUCUUUUCUGAUGUUACUGUAUGAAUUUUUACGGUGGGUUUGAAAUUUCCGCAGAAAGAGCCCGAAUAAUUCAAAAAUUUAGAGUUCGCGCCUAAAAGUUACAGUAAAAAUCAAUAUUUUGCGAUAUGUCGUUGUUAGACUCAUUCCUCUUUGUACUCUCAGAUUUCCAAUUUAGCCUAUAUCCCGAAGUGAUUUUAAACCAACAACUUUGAACUCGGAGUUAUCAGUCACCCGAAAAAAAUUCGUUUUCUUCCAGGUUCGAACCCUGAACUCGGAGAUUUCGCAGCGGAAGAACACCAUCUCCAAUGACAAGGACCAAGAUCGGCUGUACAACGAGCUGGAGGUGGCCAGGCUGAACGGCACCCUGCCCGGACUGAUCGGAAGACUCGGCGACCUGGCCACAAUCGAGGAGAAGUACGACGUCGCCCUGUGCUCCAACAUGCUGGGAAACCUCAACAACUACGUCUGCGAGACCAAGGACGACGCCGAGAAGGCCAUCGACUUCUUGGCCAAGGUCUAGAACAUUCAAUUUUUAUGGGAUGAUAUUCGUUUUUGCGAAAUUAAGGUCUUUUAUCUGAAGUUUCAGUCUAAAAAAGGCUUGAAAUCCGCAAUUUGUUGAAAUUCAUAACGCGAAGAAUUCCAUAAAUACUUUAUAUCUGGACUUUUGAAACUUUGAAAUAAUAUUUUUUGGUCUUUCUGGCUAGGGAACCUUUUUAUUCCGCUUUUCUGAGAGAAAUAACUACUUUUUUUUCAGAACCAAAUCGGCCGCGCCUCUUUCGUGUGUAUGGACGUUAUUCCGAGCUACCAGAAGGAAAUGGCCGCUGGAAAUUUGUAUGAUUUUAUUUUUUUCAUGUUUGACGCCCUUUGUAGAAAUUCAAGAGUAUCAAAAAAACUUCAAAAAAAUCCACUUUUUCACAAUCAUUUUUCCGUUCUCUUGAUCAAUCAAGAAGCUUUUUUUCAUGAUAUUUCAAAGAAAGUCUGAAAUUUUCACGUAGUUUAAUAUGUCCAUUUUAAUUCUCCCACUCCUUCGGCGAAAGCAUUUUCGAUUCUUUCUUCUUCAAAUUUUCAUUCAGAAAAAAUAAAUUUUUCAGCCCAGCGCCGAGGGCCUUUGACCUGUUGAAAAUCAGCGAAGAUCGUCUCCGGAAAGUAUUUUAUCAUUCUUUGUUCGACACGAUCGUCCUGCCGACCAUCCUUGAUGCCCAGAAUAUCCACAGCAAAUAUCCUGGUCUAUACAUUUCGAAAAAUCAACAAAUGAUCGAUUUACGGAUUUUAGGACGUUAUAACAUGUUCACGGAAUGCGGUUCGAGUUUGUCGACGACGGCUAGUAUCACUGGAGGUGGCGCCAAAGUGAGGUAGGAAAUGAGAAAGAAAAAUUUGUCUCAUUUAGGUAAUUUGAACCAUUAAAAAAAAUGACUUUUUACGAAAAAGAAAAAGGAGUUUUGAUUGGGAAUGAUACACGACAGAUAUUGAAAAAAAAAAUCGAAUUAUUAUCUUUUUUUAAAAAUCAAUGUAUUGUUCAAAGACACUCCGCAAAAUUGAAAAUAGGAAUUAGAAAAGGAGGAAUAUAACUAAAUUUUGGAGGGCUGAGACAAUUUUGAAUUUAUCAAAAUUUACUUUUUACACGGCAUAAGAUCACCUUCACUACAAGGAAAUAAAAAAUAAUGAUUUUGCAAUUUUUCUGAAGUUCACAUGAGAUGUGCUUAAUUCCACUCCGAAAAAUAUUUUCACGUUUUCUAAUUUUGAUUCAUGUUCUUACUUUUAAAGUUCAUUUCAUUAAGGAAAAAAUGAAGGUUACUGGCUUCUUUAAUGUUAAUAUAAGUUAUAAAAAUAAGUUGAAAUGGUUCUCGCAAUGGAUUCGAGUUAUUACAAAGCGCAUCAGCGAAAAUUUCAAAGAUUAGCUUUUUUAACUGUCCUUCUUAAAUUAAAUAGACCAGAAAUAUUGGUAUUUUGCGAUUUCGAAGAUUUUCACUGAGAGUCCAACUGCCUUACAAAUUUUCAAGAAAAUUCCGAUUUUCCCAGAGGUCUGAUUGGUAAGAAGAGCAAAGGAGGCGUCAACAAGGCCGAACAGCUCAUUUUAAUCGAGAAAAUGGAAAAAGAACUGGCCGAAAAAAGCGAACAAUUGGAAAAGCUCACUGGUCAGCUGACUACGGUAAUUGGUCCUGAAACGAAAAUACCCUCAAGAAAACAAUUUGAAGCUGGACCAGAAAAUAUUCGAGCUGAGGACCUCGAUCAACCGAAUGACUGAUAGGAAAAGGCAGCUGGACAUGUCGCUUCAGGUUCAUCCAGAGGGUUUUUGGAAAAUCAUGAAAACUGAGGGAUUAUAGGGCGUUGAAACGAAAAUUGCCACCUUGAAAAAGACGAUCGCCUCCCAAGAAAUCGAAGCCGCGAAGGUGCAUGUCGACGAGAAGGACUUGGAGCAACGCCAAGUCGCUCUGGAUGAGAUGAUCAAAGGUUUGAAAAAAGAUACGGUUCCUUGCAGUAAUAUAUCAAGGGCGUGUCAUCUUUGAGCUUUUUUUUAUUCUGGGUAAUAGAUUUACAGUAAAGCAAGCGAUUUUAUAAUGAACUCGAAGCUUCAGUGAACCAUAAAAAUGUGUUCAAUAACUGUUUCCUAGCCAAAAAAAUUUUUAAAUUUGUUUCUCGGUCCGGAGAUUUUGUUGAUUUCAGGUUUCAGACCGUAACUCACUUUUUAAAAUGCAGCUAUUGAACUAAUUUUCCUGUGAUAAUGAACUGGACCCGUAGGGCACAACUGUAGAAAAUUUGACAAUAAUUAGACCACCCCUGAAAAAAAUAUGACAAAAAAGAGAAAUUGUUAUCUUACUGCAGGGUAUGUAUACUCACUCAAGUGAACCCUAAAGGAGCGAGAAAAUGGUUGGAAAGUUCUGAUUAUUUUUUAUAACAAAAACCGACUGUUCUGAUUGUACCGCUAACUUCUUAAUACCAGUCAGAAAGUGAAAAAGAUAGAUUAUAAGUCGAUUUUUUUUGUUUUUUUUUCUAAACUUUUGAAAAAUAAAUAAAAAUAGGUUGUUCUUAAAUUCAAAAUAAUUUUUUUGAUUUGGAUUGUUUAGAACGCGACGCUGCGGGCGCUCGUGUAGCCAAGUACCGGGCGAAAUUGGACGAAAUAAACGCCAAAAUCGAUGAAAUCUUCAAUAAUCUUGUUCAGGUUAAACCGGAAAAAAAAAAUUGAGAUUCAUCAAAAUCGAGUUCGACUGUAAAUUUUCUCAUUUCUCAAGUUGAUUUCAUUGUUUCCUGUCUCAAAAGUUGCGGUAUUUUCAAGGAAUUUAUUCGAAAUUCCUUGGGAACUUCAAUGGGUUUAGUAGUUGAAAGUUGAAUUUUAAGAGGGAACUUUAGAAUUUCAACGAAAAAGAAUUGGAUCUUCCAGAUUUUUCUGAAUUUUUUUCAUUUUUUUAAGGUAGUUUUCAUCAUUUCCUGCAUCGAAAAUUGCUCAACUCUUCGAAAAUCUGUUUUUCAAAAAGAUUAAAGUCAACUUUAGAACCCUUGUUCUUAAAAUUCGAGACAGGAAAAGUAAAAAAAAAAUUAAUGAAGGAUAUUGAUAUCAAAGAACUUAUUUUUUAUUCAUUUUCACUUAAAAAUUUCCAAUUUUCAACUUGAAGGUUCACAAAGACGAAGCCAAAGCCGCGCAUGAUCGCUAUGUCGUUGUGGAAAAGAAAAUCGCCGCCGAAACUGCGGCCAUCGCGAGUUCGGCGAGAAAUAUCGAAAAAGUUUGUUCAAAAAAAAAAGAAACGUAGUUGAUUUUCACAUUUCCAGAUCGAAGAAGUGAUCACGCAGAUCGAAAAAGACAUCGAGAAGAAGGAGAAAGAAAUGGUCAAGUUGGACGCGGCGGAAGAUGAGGCCGACGUUGGAGCGGCGCGAGAGGCCUUGAUACAGCUCGAUGUACGGUUUUUGUAGUUGAAAAUUGAAGGAAAAUGGUUUGAAAAUAGGAAAAUUAUGAGGUUUUCAGGUAGGAAAACCGUUCAAGAUCUCUCUUGAAGAGAAGUUUCCAUUCAAUUGGUAUAAUAUCCUUUAGAGUUUGUUCGAAUCCGUGAAAAAAGAAGUUUAUCGUUUAAGAUUUUUUUCUUGAAGAGAAUUUUUGCAUAAAAAAAUUGAUAGAAAAUGGUUGAGAUUUUGAUAGAGAGAAGUUUCUGAAAAAUAUGAUAAUCCAAGUUGCCAGCCGUUUUUUUAAGAGAGUCAAAAUGAAAAUGAAGAUGUGAAUAAAUGAAAUAAUGAAAUUUCUGCGUGGUAAAAGUAAGGAAAAUGUAAAGAAAAACUCAAUUCUAAACUUUUUUUUCCUUUUUAAUGAUAUAAGAGUUGAAGAAACGUAAUAACGAGACGAAAAUUGAUGCCUUUUUUGGUAGGAAAUCUAGUUAAUAUGCUCAUCGUGAUGUAGAUGAUCUUCACAUCGGUCGGAAUAGUCGUAGAAAUUUUUUUCCAUCAAGUCCUUCCAACCACUAAUUUCAUCGGAAAUUCGAAACUUCAGAAUUUGAAGUAUUUCUUUCAGAAAUAGUUUAAAUUCCAGAAAAAAUUUGAGUUUCUAGUCCGAAAAGCCAGCCAUGGUUUCUCUUUCAAAUCAUCCCAUUUCUUUUCGAAAACCUUCAAAUAUUUCAGGCGAAACUGCAAGAAUUUGACGAGCGUUUCAAUGAACUGCGAAAAAACAGAUCGGCCCUGACCAAUGAGGAAACGUCCAAUGAUAAGCUUCUGCAGGUUUUCCGUUCAACUCGGGAAAAAUCCAUUUAUUUUUCCUCUUCAGAACUUGGAAGAAGAUGUGACGACGAAAAAGCACCAGCUGGCUGUACUGCGGUCGAAAUGCGAUGAUAUCGAGAAAAAGGUGAGAGAAAGGAGGAUAGUUAUGGUCGGAUUUGAGAGAGAUCCUUGGUAUAAUUUCAAAAUGAGCUUCUUGUACUUCUUUAACAGGCUUGGAGCACUGUUCUGAAUGUGACCGAAAGAAUAAAAAAUCCAAAUUCCGUUCGAAAACUUGAAAAAGUAAGAGAUCAAGGCGAGCUGGAGAGACGACAGAAAAGUGGAGAAUCUCUGUUUCUUUUGCGUCUCUUCAGGAUUCCACGGAUCUCGCAUAUUAUUUUUCUUCAAAGGCUGGAGGCUCGAAAGUUUCUUGGCAUUUCUAGGGACCACUUUAGUAGCGUCAACCCUCUUAAGUGAUCCCUAGAAUCGCUUAGAAACGCCCGAAGCACUUUUGCGUUACCAAUGUAAUCACAGAAAGUUGGAGAAUCUAUGUUCCUUUGGCGUCUCUUCAAAAGACCACGGAUCUCUUGUAAAUAUUUUUUUUCUUCUAAAUUAUCUAUUUCGAUAAUGUUCAGCUCGACGGAAUGCGACUCAACGUGAUCCCAGUGCUGCCCUCCCUGGACAAUGUGAGGCCGGAAGAGCUGAAGCUGGAAAUCGGAGGCGUCAACGAGCUGUCGAACGUCCCGAUCGAAGAGCUCCGAACGCUGGUCGACGAGCUGAGCGCCCAGACCUACGCUCAGGAGUACGGCCUCCGCGCUGAGCUUGCCAACAAGCCUGAGGUCUCCGGGGGGACUUUGAGCUUUUGAUAGAGAAAAUAGCGGUUUUUGAGUUGGAAGUAAGGCGAAAAGCAAAUCUCAGGAGCUAUGUGAAGAAUGGUGGAAACAAUUUGUCGAUUUUCAGCGUUUUUUGAAAGUUUACUCGAUUUAAAAAACACUUUUUACGGCUUCGAAAACCUAGAAAAGAUCCACGAAAAAAAUAAUAUUUUUAAUAUGAAAAAAAUAAGAUUUUUUUCGAUUUUUCGAAAGGAUGUGUGAAGUCGGUUAUGUUUAAGAUUGAAAAAAAUUUCUCGAUUUUUUUGGAAGGACCUCAAAUUUUUUCAAAACUACUCAUUUUAAAUUGUGAACUUUCAUUUGAAAAAUUAAUCUGAUUUUUCCAAUUUUUCUCAGGAAAUCGGUGACAACGAAGAGUCGCUUGAGAAGGUCCCUUUGCUGCCUGAAGAGGAGGUUUUUUUUUCACGAUUUUCUUUGAAGAUAUAACCAUUAUUCCAGCUCCGAGCCAUCACCAAGAACGAAAUCGGCGACCUGAACUUCCAGCUGAAAGCCAAAGAACAGCGGCUCAGUGUGACGAGGAAAAACGUCAACAUUAGCGUUAUCGAUGAGUAUCGGGCCAAGGUAAAAAGACAGGAAAAAAAUAAAUUUAUUUGAAAAACUAACCGGGAAAAAAAUUCCCAGUUUUCGAAGAUCCUUGAUGUGAAAAGAUUGCAGUUGAAGUAUUUUGGAAAAUAUAAAAAAUUGGAUUUAUUUCUAGGAUUCAACGUUUCUGAAAAAAAAAUAACUCUGGAAAAGUGGGAAGAACUUUUUUAUUCCAAUUUACGAUGGUUUUUAUAUUUUACUGUUUGAAAAAAUACUGCUAGAAGUAGAGAAAAAAUCAAAAAAUUCGUUUUUUCAAGAGAAUUUUUGAUACAAGAAAAAAAGUAGAUGGUUUCAGAUCGAAGUUUUAAACUUUCCCUGAAAAAUCCCCUUUUUUAGGUCAAAAAGUACAACAAAGAGACGGACGAGACGAACGCCUUGUUGAAGAAUUACGAGGCGCAUCAUGCCAAAUCGACGCUCAUCAAGAGGAUUCGACAUGAUGAGUUCAAGGUCCAAAAUAAGUCCCAUAAAAGAAACGAUUCUCAAGAAUGCAUCAUUAGUUUGACUUGAAACAGUCUGACCUGUCUGCGGCCUCUUUUCUCUCGUCGACGAGGCUAUGGAAACAGGAAAAGCAGAUAGGUCAAGUCGAGGCGCACAGAGUGAAAAUAAUUAAUUUUGAGCGCAAGAAGAAGUGGGUUCAUAUUGUCCUUUUUGAAAAAAAGUUUCAUUUUUCAUCCCAAAAAAUCAAUGGACGAAAUUUUUGCGGAUUUAUUUAUUUAAAUAGAAAUGACUGCGCUGAAAAAACUGUUAAAACGAGGACCUGUCUGUAUGAGUCUCAUUGAAUUAUUUAUUCUAUACUGAAAGAUUUUGUAAUUCUAGAGCUUUCAGGGCGCCAAGCAAACUUGAAAAAGCAGUUUUUAAGCCAAAAAAGCCGCUUCUAAACUUGAAUUUCAGUCUGGUCUUGAGUUCAUGUCGGCCUCGCUGAGGGAGUUCUACCAAAUGAUCACUCUGGGCGGAGACGCCGUCCUCUCGGCCACUGGGGAUCCCUACAUCGAAGGCGUCAAACUAGUGUAUCUUUUAAUAUUUUUCUUCGAUCUGCUCUGCCCAAAUUUCCACGUCUCGAACCCGCCAAGAACGUCUCAAAACGAUGCGUUUUGGCGGGUUUAUUCAUAUCAUUGCUCUCCCUGACUUUUUAAUUGUGCUAGAGGGUGCUGUCAAGCGCAAGUAGUUUUCGUUCUGCUGCAUGAAAGCUUCGAAGAAAUGAGCCAUGCUUUGCGGCCGGUUUCAAGUCCUGGAAAGUGAAGAAUUCUGAAUCGAUAUCUUCCUCAUUUUCCUGAAUUUGAAUAGCUUUUCAAAUUUUCUUUCUAUCAUUCAGAUUUGAUGACAAACAGGCUCCCCCGAUGUGAGUUUGUAUAUGUGGCUCUGCAAAAAUCAAAAGAAAAGUGGAAUGGGAAAAUUAUAAAUGAAAUGCAACAAAUUUUUUGAAAGAGCAUAGGAAAAAUGAUUUUGAAUUUUUGCUCCUUUUUUCUGGUUCGAACGGACGUUUUGAGAAACUUUUACAAUUUUUAAAAAUGGCUUAUCAUUUUGUGGAAACUACACAUUCCAAUUUUCUCUUUUUUCCUUUUUUUUCAUGGGAUGGUCUUUCUUUUUCUUGAGCUUUUUAGACAAUUGACCAAAAUAGUUUUCCUCUUCAAAAUUAACUGAACAACGUCCGUCAGGAACUCUUUAUUCAUUUUUUCUCUUUCUUCUUCUGCUUCGAUUUUUCUAACUUUUAUACCUAGUUUUAAUCGGAAAAUUCCAGUGUCCGGCCACCGAAGAAAACUUGGAAGAACAUCGAGAAUUUGUCUGGCGGCGAGAAAACGAUCGCCUCAUUGUCCUUGGUUUUCGCCUUGCAUCAGUUCAGGUAUGUUAAAGUUCAUUCGUUGGAAGCUCUUAGUUCGAAAUAGCCGAUUCCAAGUUGCGCCCGACUCUCACGACUUUGUCAGAAGUGAGAGAUAACGUAAAAAAAAGAGAGCGUUUGAGAGAUCGCUCUUCAGAGCUUGAACCUUAAUUAAAAGCGUCAUACGAAGCGAAAGUCACGAGUUGUCGGGCGCAAGUCGUAUCUAGAGCCAUUCCUCAUGCGACCACUUGCUUUGAACGCAUUCGAAAAAGCUCCAAGGGUUGCGGUUAGAAGCCGGCUUUGUUUUAUAAGCUUUGGGCUUUUUUUUUCUUUGCCGCGAAACUCGCUUGAGGUCGGGCGCAUUUCGAAAUAACAAGAAAGAUCUUAUGCAACGAAAGCUUUCUUUCAAAAAUUUUUCCGAAAAAACCUUCCCUUUUUCAGACCGACACCUUUCUACGUGAUGGACGAAAUCGACGCCGCUUUGGACUUCCGCAACGUGUCGAUUAUUGGGCAUUAUAUCAAGGUUAUUUUUGAGGGGAAAAAACGGAAAUCGUUGUGUGAAAAAUGGAGAUUUAAAAAAUUAGAAAGUUAGGUGUAAUUUUUGUUAUCUUCAUCAUUACAAGAAAGUUUAAAAAAGGCACGACACAGGUUAAAUAGAGAUCCCUUAGAAAUUUUUUUUGGAGAUUCUUCCGAUUUUAUUGUCUCUAUAAAAGCUCUUUUAAACAUUUUGUUUUUUAGAUAUUUUUCUAAUUUGAAGAUUAAUAUGAUCAUUUUCCUUCAUUUCAGAGCCGAGCCAAAAACGCUCAGUUCAUCAUCAUCUCCCUGCGGAACAACAUGUUCGAACUGGCCAAUCGUUUGAUUGGUAUCUUCAAGGUGAAUUUUCCUCAAUUCAUACAAGUUUUAUCAUUGAUUUGUACCUAGGUUAACGAUGUGACGGGUAAUAUCGCUUUGGACCCGAUGCAGGUCUGCAAGAGCGCCAAGGCACUACAGAGGACCAUGUUCGGAGGGGUAAGGGAGUAAAAAAAACCAUUAAAAAAAAGGAAAAAGUGAAAAAAAGCUUUCCAGUUAGUAUAGAAACAUUGGAGAGUUGAUCAAGAAAAGAAAAUAUUUUUCAGUGUAAGAAGAGCUUUUCGAAAAUUUUACCUCAAAAAAUCGCGGCUGAAUUUGAGCGAGCAUUUGCGCUCCAUUGAAACUGCAGAAAAAUUGAAAUUUUAUAUAAGUCUAAAGAAGUUUUUAAAAUGUAAAAAUGAAUUUCUGAGGGAAGACGCUGAGUUUCUGCAAAAAAAUCUGUCGUUCCAUAGAUGAUAUAAGAAAAAAAUUUAAAAAUAAAAAAAUAGGUAAAUUUAAACUAAAUUGAAAAAAACAUAUUCGAAAAAAAGGACGGCUGAAUUAGCGAAGUCAUUUACGCUCAGCGGAUAAAUUCAGCAAUAACGUUUGGGCAAAGAAAAAUGUUACUUUGAAGUAAAGUUGUUAACCGAACUUUCAAUUUCCGACUUGAUAUCCAAUCGGAAAAGCUUCCAAUCAUGAAUAGCAAUUGUAAGACAAUAUUUUUGUUGGCUUCAGAAUAUCCCAACUCUUCCCGAGGAAGUCACGGCGGAGUACAACCGAAACCGAAAGAAGAUGCUCAAAGAAGCGGUGGCCGACGAGAAAGAAUACGACAUUUUGCCCUCGUCCAAAGACCUCAACAAGGCUGGAACACUUGUCGCGUUGGAGGUCCUAAUAUUCCGUUUUUCAAGAGUUUUUUGAUAAGUUUGGGUUACUUAGAUAAUCCAGAGUGGUUCCUAUAGGGCAAACUUUAGGGUCUCUUGGAGGGCCCCAUCUAGGGACCAUUUUAUCAGCUCCUAUAGGGGUAACUAACAAGGUAAAGCUUGCAAAAGUGGCACCUAUAGAGGACAUGAUAGUCGAUAAUUGUUAUGAACUCCAAGCGAAGAAGCAUUUUCAUAUGAUAAUUGAAAAAAAUGAGAGUUUUCGAAAUGAAAUUGAAAGACCCCUAUAGGAUCCACUUAAGCUAUAGGGUCUUAGGGGUCUGACCCUGGACCCCUCUAGGGACCAUCUAAUUCUAUCCCUAUAGGGAUCACUUUUUCGACCCCUUUAGAGACCACUUUUUCGGCCCCUAUAGGGGCUUUUUCCACUCUAACCCCUAUAGGGACUACUCUGGAAUUCCUAAGUAGAUGAAAGUUUAUCAUUAACAAAUGGAGAAAAAUUUUGAAAUUUUCAUUGCUUUUGGGAGAAAGUCAAGGGUUCUUUUUAUCUUCAUCUAGUCAUUCAAAUAGUAUUUGAGCGAAUUUGUUGUAAAAUUCAAACUGCGAAGCAAAAAUUAUUUCCCGUGUGAGCAUACAUCAUUUUUAAACCAGAACUUUGUCAUCGUAGAAACUGAAGACCAACGCCUUUUCGCCUCCUCUCAAAUUCAACUUUAAAUCAUUUCAGACGCGCAUCAACAAGGCCAAAAAGCAGGCCGAACCAUCAGAGAAACGUCCGGAGACUCGUCAGGAACCGUCGCGAGUGACGAGCACGCGACCCGAGUCGCAGCUCUUGGCCAAGUUGGGCGGCCCCAACAUUCGCCUCGUCGCGCCGUCGCGUGAAGAACUCAACCAGCGACGAGGUGGCACCGAAGCCGACGAGUCCGUCGCCUUGGAGGGAGCAGAGUCGCCGCCCAAGGUUUGGAAACACUCAUUUCACUAGAAAUUCCCGAGCAGCUUUGACUAGCGAGCAAUUGAUAUGGCCAGAAAUUUUCUUUCGCUUAUCUCUCUGGAGAACCUUUCAACUGUUUUAGAGCUAAUGAGAGGUCGUUCUAGUGACCACUUAAGUACCUCUCCAGUGAUAUCACGUUGUGAGAAAGCGUUAUAAAUGACGAGGCACCAAAGAACGAAAGUCUCCAUGGCUCACAUACUCUUUCUCUCGUUCUCCGCUACUCUCAGCUUCGAUUUCACUUCAAGGAUCACUUUUCGCGGAAAAAUUCUUCGGAGUACUGCUCAUUUUUCAAUAAACCAUUGCUGCUUGUUUUCGAGAGAUUCCAAUGCUUGUUGAACUAGAGAUCAUAGCAGUUGGAGAGGCACCAGAGAAAGAGAUACCUCUAAGGUUCUCACGCUCUCUCAUUAGUCUUAUCUAUCUCAGUUUGGAUUACCGUUCGCAAAAACUUUCUAACAACAUUUUUUUUUCAUUUUGAAGCCGUCUUCUUUCUAAUUUCGCGUCGAAAGAUUUCCGGAUAAAUCAAUUUUUUUUUAGGGAAGAAGAGGCCGCAAAAGGCGCUCCAAUGGGACAUCACCAAAUAAAACUGUUGCUCCGAUCGAAGAAGCCGAGUUGACCGAAAUGAGAGACGAGAACGCGACGCCGCCGACGUCGCUUUGA